ACCCCCAACAUAUAGAAUAGAAUAGAAUAGAAUAGAAUAGAAUAGAAUAGAAUAGAAUAGAAUAGAAUAGACUGUCCUAUUUCUGUGAAAUUUGGCAACAUGUAACAUAUAAUACAUACCAUAAUAUUCAAUAAACAAAAUAAUGCAACAAUCCAAAAAACCUACCUCUUUUAAAAACCUACUAUAUACCAAUAUAAAAUCUCAGUUUUGGAAUUCUCUAUUCAAUAAUUUAACCACAAAAUAAUUUUUAUGAUGAUGUAAUUUACACAUCUACAAUAUAUUUAUAUAUGGAAUAUGUUCAUAUGUUUAUAUCCCAUACUCAUGUUAAACAUAGUGUGGCAGCAAAGAAGAUUUGUGCUAACUACAGGGAAAGUGUCUCUAAACCCAGUAGAAAGAGAGUGAAUCAGAGAGACAGGAGCGAAAGGAGACACAUACGAAAGCAGAAUGGUAGAAAAAAGGGGGUGGACCCGGUUGAGAGAAAUGUAUGAUAUAUCUAGGAUGAAAGAUACAGAGGGGGAGGGAAAACAGUGAGCGAGAGAGUAAGAUUGAAAGUGAGAGAGAACAUGCUGUUAGGUAUAGACAACAAGGCUCAGUGUCAGUUUCUUGCCAUGCUUGGACUGUCAACGUUCUGGACUGAGCCACUCUUCAUACCAUACAGGAAAAGCAUUUGAGAGAGAGAGUGUGUGUGUGUGUGUGUUUGUGUGUGCAGCCUGAAUCACAUCUCUGCAACUGUCUGUCCGAACUGUCCUUACUCCUGUGUGGAUGUGUGUGUGUGUGUGUGAGUGUGGACACACAUUUCUCCAUCAGUGUGUCUGUAUGCGUGUCAGACGCUGGCUUGCUCUGCGCAGAGUCUCUCCGAGCUCCAGUCUAGCACUCUUUCUGCCUCAGUCUGAGGACCGACACAUCUUCUGCCCUCUCGCUGCUGCUUUGCCCUGGAUCACCUUUGGCCUCCAUGAGUGCAACUGAGGAAAUCCAGCCUCUCCCUGGAAGAUGGGAAAUACCUCGGAAACUACUCUUUUUGUUUCCAAAAUCCCAAAGGAACACGAUGUCUUCAUGGGUUCCUUAUACACAACUUUUUGUAUUCUGUCGCUUUUGGGAAAUGGCAUCCUGCUCCUUGUUGCGUAUCGUAAGAGAUCGUCUCUGAAGCCCGCAGAGUUCUUCAUAAUAAAUUUAUCUAUCAGUGACCUUGGAAUGACAGUUACACUCUUUCCCUUGGCGAUUCCAUCAGCGUUUGCUCACAAGUGGUUGUUUGGAGAGCUGACAUGUUUAUGCUAUGCUGUAUGUGGCGUCCUCUUCGGCUUAUCCAGCCUGACAAAUCUCACUGCUCUGUCGUCCGUCUGCUGCCUCAAAGUCUGCUUCCCGAACUACGGAAACAAAUUCUCCUACUCUCAUGCCUGUCUGAUGAUUGUGGGGGUGUGGUGCUAUGCCAUGGUGUUUGCUAUAGGUCCCUUGGCAAAUUGGGGUCAAUAUGGCCCUGAGCCCUAUGGGACAGCAUGCUGCAUAGACUGGUAUGCACCAGGCGAGGACGCUCUGUCCAUGUCCUAUAUUAUCUGCCUGUUCCUCUUCUGCUACGCCCUGCCUCUUACCGUCAUCCUACUCUCCUACAUCCUGAUCCUCAUCACCGUACGAGGGUCACGGCAGGCAGUACAGCAACACGUGUCACCACAGACCAAGACGACAAAUGCACACAUCCUCAUUGUGAAGCUCUCUGUGGCGGUAUGCAUUGGUUUUCUGACCGCGUGGAGCCCUUAUGCUGUUGUGGCAAUGUGGGCUGCAUUUGGAGAUUCCAAUAAUGUCCCACCCAUAGCCUUUGCUUUGGCAGCUAUCUUUGCAAAAUCCUCCACCAUCUACAACCCUGUGGUGUACCUGGUAUUUAAGCCCAACUUUCGUAAAUCUCUGAGCAGGGACACAGCUCAGAUUCGCAGACGAAUUUGUUCCAGUCCAUGUAAAGGAAGCCCUGUGCCUGGAGAGAAGGAUCUUCAUCGGCAAACAUCUAUACGCUGCAACAAGGAUGCUAGCAACUCCACUCGACUCUCCAAUGGCCUGGCAGACAGCCACGGGGCUUGUCUUCAUUGCACCGAGGCGGACCCUCGUUGUCAACAAACCACACCUCAAAUAACUGCCUGUGUGCUGAUCGGUACAUCCUACAGCGAGGUGACUGUGAGUCAGAUGCCGGAGAAGAUGCAAGCUGACCUUCUGUGAAGGCCCUGUAGGCUCUUCUCAUGCCAGCAUGAGGAUGAAUGCGAAGAAUAGAUGGAUGGGCACCCUCAAAAUGAAAGUUCUGGCCACUAGAGAUAAGUUUGUCAGACAAGCUGUGGUCAGAAAACACUUCUGAUACUGAUGUCAUGUAUUAGAACUGCAAAACAAUUGACCAUGCUCUAAGUCCUGCCUUAAAAAGGUUACUGACCAAUCCUACCGUAGCAACUGCUGGUGUCUGCCAUUUUAAAAGACUAGCUUGAGCUCUUUCACUGAAAAUCUGUUCACAGAAAUCUGCAAUUCAUUCACUGUAAAAAAAAUAAAAAUAAAAAAAAUAAAAAAAAAGAAGCAAAGCAUUUUUUAGUUUUCUCAAGUUCCGUAGAUAGCUGUGCCAACUAAUUUUUGAAAAGUAGACUCAAACUUCUAUUUUAAGUUAUAUCAACCUGUCUCAGAAAGUACAUCUAAAUAGUAAAUAUUAAGAUUUUUUUUUUUUGUUUUUUCCUAUGGAACAUUUGAACUGUUUUCAUACGCAGUUGACAUGCUUCUGUGUUUACAUCCGAACUCCGGCUCAUUAUUGGCCAGCUCCUGCGUCAGCAUCACACGCAUGUGUCUGCUCACGUGUGCAGCUUUGGCCAAUAAUGAGCCGGCGUUUGGUCAUAAACAUGGAAGACUGCACUGCAUUCACUACAUCGACUCCGUAUGACAACAGUUCAAAUUGUUAUUAAUUGUAGAGU